CGCGCAUAUAUAAAUGAUCCAUGCCUUACCCAUCCGAAGGCACGUAGGCAACUUGUUGAGAGCGAAAGCAGAACAUUUCAAUAACCUAAAUAAGAUGUUGUCAUCUCGAGCACUGAUCCGUGUGCUGAAGCCCGGCGUGUGGAGAAGCCUUUCCAGCACCAACGCCCUCGGUGGAGCCCACGCCAAAGCUCUGGAUGCUCUUGAUGCGUCUGCUCCGCAGUACAACAACUGUGUGGACAUCCCUCUGCCUGACGUGCCCUUCGUGAGGGUGCCCAAUGCAGAACAGAGGCAGCUGAAGGAGAAGGAGAAGGGGCCAUGGACCGGCCUCAGCAACGAGGAGAAACUCUCAUUGUACAGAAUGUCGUUUCAGCUGACGUACCCUGAGAUGAAGAGGGGGUCGGGGGAGUGGAAGUCUGUGGUGGCGGGGGUCAUCUGGUUCCUGGGCUUCUCUGGACUGCUGGUACUGUGGCAGCGCAUCUAUGUGUAUGGAGACGUCCCUCACACUCUCUCCGAUGAGUGGGUAGCGCAGCAGACUCAGAGGAUGCUGGACAUGCGCAUUAAUCCAGUGGAGGGCUUCGCAUCCAAGUGGGACUAUGAGAAGAAGCAGUGGAAAUGAAGGAGUGUGUUUACUUCGAUGAAAGUACUUUCUGAUGAUUGUAUUGUGGUAAAAAAAAAAAAAAAAACCUCUGCUGUUAAGCCUUAAAAAUCUGACGGUUACACAUUUCAAAUGCGCACACAAUAAACAGUUGGCCUAUCCAUAAUAAAGU